UUUACGCCUACAGCGGAGCACACUCCUAAAAACACCCCAGCAAUGCGCACGUGCCUGCGCAAUUUGCGUAUAUGCUUCUCAGCGAGCAUGCAGCGCAAGAACGGGCUCGCAUGCAUCCACCUGACCAGCACAAAGACCACACCCCUUCUCCUGUACACAAGCUUGGACAUCACAACAAUCGCUGACAGUCUCUGUGUGUAUCGCAGUCUACGCCGUUAUAAAGCCUAGUGUUGGUUGGUUUGUGCAUGCAGCAUAAUGGAGCUGGCGAAACCCCGAACGGAGAACCGCCUCCGCUUUCCUUUAGCGCAGCAGGUCCGAUCCAAAUGGCAACAUCACGGGUGAGGAGGUUCGCGCAGGAGGGGCGGACGGUCCCUCAGCCCAGAGUGAUGGUGGUAUUUUCGGCUGCGAGCGACACCGAAAAACAGGAAGAUGCGAUGUCGGGCGCGAUCCCCGGGGAUGAGGAGUAUCGCAAACCAGCCAUACCUGUCCCUAAUCUUAACCUAGGGAAGUCUCUUCGCACCUUAGAGGCACCUGAGGAGUUCCCUGAGGUUAUUCCCCUAAACGUAGGAGGAACAUAUUUCACCACCCGGCUCUCCACUCUGCGGCGUUUUGAGGACACUAUGCUGGCUGCCAUGUUUAGCGGUCGCCACUACAUUCCUCGUGAUGCAGAGGGGCGAUAUUUCAUCGACCGAGAUGGAGCAAAUUUUGGCGAUAUUCUGAAUUUUUUGCGAGAGGGUGAGCUGCCUCCAAGGGACCGAGUUCGUGCUGUACACAGAGAAGCUCAGUACUAUGCCAUUGGACCUCUUUUGGAAAGCCUGGAAGAUACACAGCCACUUACUGGAGAGAAAGUGCGGCAGGCCUUUCUUGAUCUCUUGCCCUAUUACAAAGAAAAUUUAGAGCGCAUUGUGGAGAUAGCAAAACUUCGUGCCAUGCAGCGAAAGGCUCGCUUCGCAAAGCUGAAGAUCUGCGUGUACAAGGAGGAGAUGCCCAUCACCCCUUAUGAAAGGCCGCUGUUCAAUUCGCUACGGUUCGAGCGCUCUGAGAGUGAGGCCAAGCUGUUCGAGCACCAUUGUGAGGUGGAUGUGUCGUUUGGGCCCUGGGAGGCUGUGGCAGAUGUUUAUGACCUUCUUCAUUGCAUAGUGAGUGACUUGGCAGAACGUGGGAUCACCGCAGACCAGCAGUGCAUCGGCGUUUGUGACAAACACCUCAUUAACCACUACUACUGCAAAAGGCCAAUCUAUGAGUUUAAAAUCACCUGGUGGUGAAACGGUGGUAUGUUUGGAGGUCUUGCCUCUUUUGCCAAAAACUAAGAUGCACAAGGUUUGAGCACAUGUGAUGUGUGCUGCUGUCUACGUGACACCAGCAGGGUUCUCGAUUCCUAGUCCAGUGUGCAAAAUGAAUGACAAGCGUUUGAUGGAGAUGGAGGUUGAUGGCUGGCUGUGGAACGGUGGUUUGCAACCCGAAUUUUUCUUUUUCGGCAGCUGUUCUGAUCCCUUAGUUUUGCAAGUACUUGUUUAGCUUUAUUUAAAACAAACCCUACUUGUAAUGGUUUUGUCCAGUUGUAGUUUAAAGGGUUUUCUGGAAUCAUGCUCAGAGGAAGUUAACUUAUGUGAAACAGUGUUUUCUGUUCUAAAUAUGACAUCUCUGCUAAGUUUCCAUGUAAGAUGUGCAAUGAAUGUAUUAACAAUCUGAUUCUGAAGAAUCAAUCAACUGGACUCAGAUUACAGGUCUGUCAUUUCUUGUGUUGUGUUCAUGAAGGAUUCCCCCCCUACAGUAUUUACAUACAGUGAUUUUUCCUAAUUUGUUUUAAUUUAAUAUGUAGAACCUGAUCUUUAUGAUAUUGCGGAUAGAGAGCACUGUAGAUUUCCAACAGAUAAAAACGACAAAAAAUACAAUACAACCACACCAAGCUUCACACAAGGCCUUCUAAAAUUUGCCAUACAUCAAGGAUUUGGUUUAUAACAAAAGAAAUAAAACUGUUUUCAAAAGAGA